CAUUUUGGUUCUUAAACAAACCCUGGUUCAUGCCAAUGUCUGAUCGUUUCAGUUUGGCGCGGUUUUUGGUUAAUUCGGUUUCAGUUUUUAUUUGGUUUAGGUAGUUUCGACAGAGGAUAUUAGAGUAAAGAUACCAGUUAUUAUAGUCAGAUCAUUUGUUUCAACUUUCUUAGUACCUAAUGAAGAACUUUUUGUGCCCCCACUUCUCUCGGUGACUUCAGGACAGCAGCUUCACAUCAUGUCUGGCAUUGCCUCCUCGCGACUUUCUGAGGAGAGAAAAGCGUGGCGCAAGGACCACCCGUUCGGUUUCGUGGCGCGCCCGGCGAAGAACGCCGACGGAACGCUCAACCUGAUGCUGUGGGAGUGCGCCAUUCCCGGCAAAAAGGGCACCGCCUGGGAGGGUGGCUACUACAAGCUGAAGAUGAUCUUCAAGGACGACUACCCGACCUCGCCUCCCAAGUGCAAGUUCGACCCGCCGCUGUUCCACCCGAACGUCUACCCCUCCGGCACCGUGUGUCUGUCACUGCUGGACGAGGAGAAGGACUGGCGGCCGGCCAUCACCAUCAAGCAGAUCCUGCUCGGCAUCCAGGACCUGCUGAACGACCCCAACAUCAAGGACCCCGCCCAGGCAGAGGCCUACACCAUCUAUUGCCAAAACCGGCUCGAGUACGAGAAGCGGGUCCGCGCGCAGGCCCGCGCCAUGUCCGCCCCGCUCGACUAGGGGGCUCCGGCCGCCGUCAGACGAGCCCCGCUCGGAGCCGGGUCCUCAUGAGCUGUCAGCGAGAGACCAGUGAUGGGCGCGGCGCGGACGGCCGCCCGCCGCCGGCGCCGGCCCUGUGAUUUCUGUCAGAGAGUCGCCCGUGCCCCUGGAAAAAUGAGGCGAUUUCUGUGGGAUUUUGUUACGGAACUAAAUUCGUUUGAGAUAGUCUGUUAACCCAAUGAAGCUUGCUCCACUCCUGGUACAUUGGAGGUCAAUGAGACUGAAUGCGGUCUCAGACAUCCUGUGUGUAUGUGUGUGUGUCCGUGCGUGCCCGUGUGUGUGGGGGAGGGAGGGGGGGGGGGGGGGGCUGUGCGGCGGGGUGUGCUGUCGGUGCGGCACGUGCUGUAGGUAUGUGCUGACUGUGCGGCAGUGUGCUGUAUGUGCUAUCUAUGCGGCGCGCGGGGCUCUGACCGACCGCGCGUCACUGGCCGCCUCACAUUUCCACGGCGUCCGCGCGAACUCGCCGUCUGUACGAGCGGCGGCCGCCCUGCGCUGUCCGCGGCCGGGCGGCUACUUUUGGUCCCUUUUCACGUUCAUUAGGGCGACGGGUCAGGGUCGCAGAGGUUUUAGCCGAACUCAUAGCGGUGGAAAAUACAGGCACAUCACUUUU